GGGGCACUUCAAAAGGAAUAGUGCGUUUGAUUGCCAUCAUUUCACUUUACAAUCACUGUGUUUUGUAGGAUAAUCAGUUUACAUUGUUUUUGUUUUUUAAUACUCACCACGCACAGGUUUGUCGAGUUUCACUUGCUCGGCUUUCAUCAUUUUCUUCAGUCCAGUUCGGUACUUACAGCCUGUCGCUUGUGCUCCAUCAUCUAGCCGCCCCCUCCCGGUCGGGAACCGCGCUAACGAGCUGCUCGUCCUCCUGCAUUUGGGGAUUUACCCCGGGGCGCACUGACCACUGGACACACCAAGGAGCCUCCGAGGAUUAGUGCCAUGUAGGCCCCGGGGGACGUAAGGAUCGUGUGCUCUCAAGUCAAAAACUCCAUUGGAGCGCAUACACACUCCCAGAGGACUUUUUAUCACAAUGUGAACAGAAGCCAUUUUGCCCGUUGACCACGACUCACCGAAAUGAGCAAUUAGCACUUCCACACAGGUAUUAGUGAGGAGACUCAAACUUACAGUUUACUGUUUCUUCUGAGCCGGUGCAUACUGGCAACAAUGACUGUUACCUACACAGCCAGAGUUGCAAACGCUCGCUUUUGCGGCUUCUCCAAGCUGCUUUUGGCUUGGAAAGGAAGUAUCUACAAGGUGUUGUAUAAGGAGUUCCUGGCUUUUUUUGCCAUGUACACGGGCAUCAGUAUCACAUACAGAUUUUUGCUGUCUGAUGAUCAGAAGAGGUAUUUUGAGAAGCUGGCAAUUUACUGCAACCACUAUGCCAGUCUCAUCCCAAUGUCCUUUGUACUAGCAGGUUUCUACGUGACCCUUGUGGUGAACCGAUGGUGGAACCAGUACACAAGCAUUCCCCUUCCCGAUCGGCUCAUGUGUGUCCUCUCGGGGGGCCUCCAGGGAAGUGAUGAGCGAGGCCGCCUGCUCAGACGCACCAUGAUGCGCUAUGCCAGUCUGUCAGCCCUGCUCAUCCUCAGAUCUGUCAGCACAGCCGUCUUCAAGCGUUUCCCCACCAUGGACCACGUGGUGGAGGCUGGUUUCAUGAGCAGAGAGGAACGCAAGAAGUUUGAGGGCCUCCACUCUCCUUACAACAAAUACUGGAUCCCUUGCGUGUGGUUCACCAACCUGGCUGCUGUGGCCCGCUGCGAGGGCCGCAUCAGAGAUGAUCACACGCUCAAGCUGCUGCUGGAGGAGCUGAAUGUGUUCAGGGGGAAAUGCGGCAUGCUGUUUCAUUAUGACAUGAUCAGUGUUCCACUGGUCUAUACUCAGGUAGUGACUUUAGCCGUGUACAGUUUUUUCCUGGUAUGUCUGAUUGGUCGCCAGUUCCUAGAUCCUAAUCAAGGUUACCCAGGCCAUGACCUUGACCUUUACGUGCCCAUCUUCACUCUGCUGCAGUUUUUCUUUUAUGCCGGGUGGCUCAAGGUUGCAGAGCAGCUGAUCAACCCUUUUGGAGAAGAUGACGACGACUUUGAGACGAACUGGUUGAUUGACAGAAAUUUCCAGGUGUCCAUGAUGGCAGUGGAUGAAAUGUAUGGAGAUCUGCCGAUGAUGGAACGAGAUCGCUACUGGAACGACUCCAACCCGAGGCCACCCUAUACAGCUGCAACUCUUUUUGUGCUGCGCAAACCCUCCUUCCAAGGAUCCACGUUUGACAUGGCGAUUCCCAAAGAGGAGAUGCACUUCCAGCCUCUGGAGGAGAUUGCUGAGAACACGGAGGAGUCAGUCAGCCGUCACCCCAACAUGGCUCUUUUCAACCGGCUCCUGAACGCAGCCCCCUCACAUACCGGCUUCAUGAGCGGAGCCCUGAGACGCACCUCGGCCCAGCUCCAGAGACUUUAUCAUUCCCCCAGCAUCGACCAGUGCAUCAGCGAUGAUGACGACAGUGAAAGUUGCAAAAUAGGGAAAGGUGGCUCAUUACCCUCUGGGCUGGGGCAGGACACCCAGAGCACCGUAUGUAGUUUCAGGGAGGAGAAGAACGCCAGGGUGCCUCUGCUUGAGAUUCAGUUUGAGGCCGAGCAGGAGAAGCCGGGAGGGCACACUGACAUCAGCCAGGGAGACGAUGACACUGAGACGUAUGGGAGUGGAGCUGAAGGAAGCCACACACGACUGGAGGAAGAAGAGAAAGCAGAGGCCCUAUCUCCAGCGCACCUUCCUCCUCCACCCCAUGACUCGAAGGAGACUCGACCGGCCUCCACCAUUCCCGUCACCUUCCCUCAACCCUCUCUUUUCUCAUUUCACCCCACUUCCCACGCCAGUCUGGAGCACUGCAGCUCACAGCCUGUUAUCAACCACCACAAAGCUGCGUCUUGCAUUCCUUAUCCUUAUUUAGGUCAAUACAAAAUGCCCUUCCUCAUCGUGCCAUCUUUGGAACCCCAGCGCUUCCGGAGUGUCAGCAUGGGAUCAGAGCUGACUGGGAGUUAAGAUGUCAAACUCAAGAUAAAAAACGAGUUUGACAUCAUUUGGCAGGAAGCCUAAAGGAAAGUAAGUAAGUAAGCAAGCAAUCAAGAAAGAAAGAACCAGUGAUAAAUAUCCUCUGGUGACACUGUCUCCUGGACUUCAACAUGUUAUGGAUUUGUUUGUUUUGUUUUUAAACUUAGACUGUCUGAUGAUUUAUCUCUAAAUAAUGUAGCACAUCUUCGACUUAUAAUUUGUAACAAUCAUAUCAUUUGCACUAUUGGAAACACAUGUCACAUUUAGAUUGUCAAAUGGA